ACGUAUGUUCAGGUAGACAGCGGAGAGAUACAGUGGCCAACGGUUUUGUGCUUCGCAUACUUCUCGAGUGCUGAAGCGAGCUCGUGUAACUCACGACGGACUUGCAGCGAUGUCGGCUAUGUUUUUCUCUGGCGAUUGGUGUUGUUGGGGGCCAUAGAGGAGUGAGAUGCAGAAGAAUGGACCGGCCCACCUGCCCGCCCGCCCGCCUGCCCGGCAGAGUAGUCUAAGUCCUGCGUGAUGUACGUUGGCCAGCUGCAUGGCAGGCAUGUGAUCACCGAGUGGAGGACACUUUUUCGGAAUUGACUGGGAAGCGGCAAAAGGCAUGCAGAUCGAGGGAGAGAGAGAGAGGGAGGGAGGGAGAAGGCAGGGAGGAAGAGAGCGAGGGAGAGAGGAAGGAGAGAGGAGGGAGGGAGGAGGGAGGGAGAUGGGAGGUGGAGAAGGGCCUACGUAGGAAGCGUGCCUGAAUUUCAUCCAAGCACCAGGAAAAGGGGGGAGAAGAAGAAGGAGAAGGAGACGGAGAAGGAAAAGGAGGUGAUCGCCUCGUGAGUGUGGGCAGUUGAACGUCUGAGAAUCCGCUGAGAAGUUUCAGAAUACAAUCAAUCACACCCUUGCGCACUCAUUGUCGGGGACGACGAUGGCCAUAGCCGUCGUCGGCAUGGCCGGUACUCUGCCGGCAAAGUGCAAUCAUCAUCAUCAUCAUCAUCAUUACUACCCAAGGCGUUGCUGUUCAACGACCGGUCGUUGCAGUUCGUCGUCGUCUCAACUCCCCCAGUCGGGAAGUCGGUUCUUAUCUCAUCAUUGUGCGAAAGGACUUUGGGGGCCAUCAAGUGACGUGGAGCGUGUGGUACGUGCUACAGGGGGGGAGGGAGAGGGUCUCGGACAUGCCAGGACACGUCGGAUUCUCACAGGCGGACACGUGGACCCGUCCGACCUCAGCAAACGUAUCUCCCAUCUUCAUCUGAAGAGGAGAGGGACCGCAAGAGGAAGGACCAGCCACAUUCACAAUCAUUAUAAGUGGCAAGGACCGGUCGCCGGCGAAGAAAAGCACGGUCCUCUAUACACUUCCCCCCACGGGGAACAGCGUCCUGAACAGGGUGAUCAAACGGUUGGGAGAAGGAGGUGGUUCUCUGGGGGGUAUUCUAGUUCUGAUGGGAGUAAAGGUAGACGGAAGGCCGGCUUGUUGGAGGUUGUCGUUGGCGCGCAGCAGCACAAGCAGGAGGAGGAACAUCAGCAGGAGGAGGAUGAAGAGGAGGUGGGGGCGAUGGCGAUCGGGACUGCCUAUGCCGCCGCUUCGCCUGCGUACUACAACCGGUCGGCGAUGAAGUCGCCCGGGCUGAUGGCGGGGGCCCGCUGGGGGAAGAAGAAGAUAGAAUCACUGGGGCGACCAGCCUGGCCGUUGGGUUUGCGACCGGUCGGGGGGCAAAACCUGGAUGCGAGCCGACUGAUCGGUCAAGCAAUGAGAGGAGGGGAGGCAACUGCGGGCGGCGACCGCGUGGAAGCCCAAAUGGAGGAGGCGAUUGUUCCCCCCCCCGCGACCGGUAGCGAGGCAGAGGGAGGGAGGGGGAACGGGGCGGGGACCGACGGCCAUUUGCCAACACCAGAGGAGCAGCUGCUGGGUCAUCAUCAACCGGAAACGAGCGUACACGCGGCGGUACUCGAACCGACGAGGGAUGAAGGUCGGGAUCCCGGCACUCCUGCAGAGGAGACGCAAGGCUCUCUGUCGGAGCGGAGCAUGGCAGAAGCGUUCGAGAUUUCGCCUCGCACAGCGACCCUCAUCACAGCCGGCAUAGCUAUGGCGGCCUUGGCCAUCCCGUUGACGGGUAUGAUAGGGGGCACGGUGGCCACGGAGACCAUCAGGACCAAGGUGCUUAGGUACGUGACCCUCCUUUGUGGGUUUUACAUGGCGUGGAACAUAGGGGCAAACGACGUGGCCAAUGCUAUGGGCACAUCGGUGGGGUCGGGGGCAUUGAGCCUACGGCAGGCCGUGCUGGUGGCUGCCAUCCUGGAGUUCUCGGGGGCCUUCUUGGUCGGCUCUCACGUCUGCGAAACUAUGCAUAACGGAAUUCUCUUCCCAGGGGAACUUGAGAAAAUACCCGCGCUGCACUUCUGCGGAAUGUUGUCAUCCUUAUUGGCUGCCGGCACAUGGUUGCAGUUUGCCUCCUAUUUUGGCUUGCCAGUAUCGACCACGCACUGUAUCAUUGGAGCCUUGGUGGGAUUCGGGCUCGUAUAUGGAGGGCCUGGUGUUGUGCACUGGAGCUCUUUAGCCAGGGUGGUCGCCUCUUGGGUCAUCUCGCCGUUAAUGGGAGCGACCCUCUCUUUCAUCGUCUACAAGUGCAUUCGCAAGUUUGUUUACAGCGCUCGGGCUCCAGGAAGGGCAGCGUGCCGCGCUGCGCCCCUUGCCGUAUUCGCGGGAGUGACGAGUUUAAUGUUGACGUCGUUCUACCAUAAGGGUGCCUUCCUUCCGGCGGUUGGGAAAUCUGCGGCCUGCGGCCUGCUGGGU